AGAGAGAGAGACAGAGCAAGCAAAGUUUCAGAGAUUUUAGACCCCAUUGUUACCAGUAGAGAGAGAAAGAGAGAAUAGCCUCUAGUUUUUUUUUGCCGAAAACCGCCAUAACCAAACUUCCUAUUUCAGGGCAGGUGAAAGACGGUGGUGGUUUUUUUAUCAAACUCACUGAUUCCCAUGCACUCACGUCUUUAAAAUCACCCCCCACCACAGCCCCAAACUCUCACACCCACUCUCUCUCUCUCUCCCUCUCUCUAUACAUAUGCAAUAACAAUCAUCCAUGACGAUCUUUUAGGAAGAGGAGAGAGGGAGUGAGUGAGAAACAGUGGGUCUUUUUGUUUACAUGUUGGGUUGCUCUGUUUUCAGGUACAUUUUGUUAAUGGGUCUUGUCUUCAUCUAAUGGCAAUGAAUAUUAUGAUAAAAGAAACCAAUUUUGGUUGAUAUAAUGCUAUCUCUCUCUCUCUACUCAAGGACACCAACAAAAGCAUCUUAAAGCAUACUCAAAAAAAGGCAGUGAUAAAAAUACAACUAGCUUUUUGUAAAUUUUUGUUUUUUUUUGUUUUUUUGUUUUUGGGUUCUUAUGUGUUUAUGUGUGGUAUUGAUCACGAGUCGGUGAGGCUUCGUUAUGAAAACCGAGGGAUUCUUUCUCUGAAAAUAGAGAGAGAAAGUGCGAGAAAAUCGUGGAAAAAGUGAUUCCUUUGUUUUCUCUGAAUCGUGUUUUGAUCAUGGAGGUCACAGAAGUAUAUAAUGAGAGAUAGAGCUCAUUGAUUCUGCUCUGGGUUUUCUGGUUUCUGGGUUUUUCAAGAAAGGUGUUUUUAGCUACCAUCCCAUAUCAUCUCAGAGAAACCAUUAAAGCGAGCUCUAAUGGCGGAUUGUGGUGGCUCUUUACCAUCACCAACAGACAAAUACAGAAGACCUACUUCAUCAAUUUUCAGUUCUCCAAGACUGUUCACUGGUUUUGCUUCAAAUGAAUCUCUGCGCAGCCCAACUUCAAUCCUCGAUACCAAACCCUUCUCUGCUCUAAGAACCCCAAUUUGGUCCGAGACACACCUCACAAAAUCCCCAAAACUCGAAAAUCGAACCCACUUUAUUAAACUAGAUUCAAGAGGGGUUGGUCUCGGCAUUGUCGAUGCUCUUAGUGAUGAAAUGUCUGACUCAAAACAAUCCAAACCCGAUAGCCGAAUGGUUCUGUUUGGAUCACAAUUGAAGAUUCAAAUCCCUCCUCUGCCUCCCUCUGUUCUUAUCUCCCCUUCCGAGUCUCCGAAAUCGCCAGCCGAUUUCGGAAUCAAGACUCGGAAUUCUCAAUUGGGUUCCUUUUCCCUUUCCCCCGGGCUAUCGCCGGCAAAGAAAUCGCCAUUUGGGUCGGAGAAUUCUUGCCUAGAAAACCCGAACUCGCCUCGGGUUUUCGCCGGGUGUCUCUCUGCUAGUGAAAUGGAGCUUUCGGAGGAUUAUACUUGUGUGAUUUCUUAUGGUCCGAAUCCGAGGACGACGCAUAUCUUUGAUAAUUGCAUUGUUGAGAGUUGCUGUGGUGUCGUGGGUUUCUCUGCUGCUAGAAAGGAAAAUGGGUUUUGUGGUAGUCAAGCGAUGAGCUAUCCAUCUGAGGAUUUUCUCAGCUUCUGUUACACUUGCAAGAAGAAUCUUGGGCAAGGAAAGGACAUUUACAUGUACAGAGGCGAGAAGGCUUUCUGCAGCAGCGAAUGCCGGUACAAGGAGAUGAUGUUGGAGGAAGAAAUGACAAAAUUGGAGCCUGAUGAUGAUCUUUAUGGGGCUUGCUUCUAAUAAUUCUCUCCAUUUCAUUCUUGCUUCAUAGUGCUAUAAAAGUAAAUUCACCAGCUUCAUUACGUUCACAUCAACAUCAACAAAUUUCAACAUAUGGGUAAUCAAUAAUUCAACAAGUAUUGAGUUUAGACGGAACUCUCUGAGCAAACUUUUAUGUUGAUGCAUCUGGACUUACCCGAUUCACUGAUAUAGGUGAUUGGUGAGUGAUUGCAUCUAUUCGAGAUUCACUCUACAAGGGUGAGCUCCUUUUUAUUAAAUAAAAUAAAUAGAGUACCGAGUUUAGACUAGAUAUCUAAGUGUUGGAUAAAUUGGAUCGGGUUUAGGCGUUUAAUCUCCAUUUUCAUCUUGUUUUUUCGCUGUCUAAUGCUCUGUUUUAGGACUGAAAGGCUCUCAACAUAUAUAUUGUAGAGUUUGAUUUUGUUUAUAGUAAUUUGGGUGAUUGCUUUUGGGUUUUGUCUAAA